AUGGGGAGGCUGCGUGUGUUUCCGGUUGGUCUGGAGGCACCGCUGCCGCGGCAGUUACAGGUGCUGCUGCUUUCCCGCCUUGUCCGGGAAGAUGUUCUACCACAUCUCCUUGGAGCACGAGAUCCUGUUGCACCCGCGCUACUUCGGCCCCAACCUGCUCAACACGGUGAAGCAGAAGCUCUUCACCGAGGUGGAGGGGACCUGCACCGGCAAAUAUGGCUUCGUAAUUGCUGUCACCACCAUCGACAAUAUCGGUGCUGGUGUGAUCCAGCCAGGCCGAGGCUUUGUCCUUUAUCCAGUGAAGUACAAGGCCAUUGUUUUCCGGCCCUUUAAAGGGGAGGUUGUGGAUGCUGUUGUCACUCAGGUCAACAAGGUUGGACUCUUCACAGAAAUUGGACCUAUGUCCUGUUUUAUCUCUCGACAUUCCAUCCCGUCAGAAAUGGAGUUUGAUCCUAACUCCAACCCACCAUGUUACAAGACAAUGGAUGAGGACAUUGUGAUUCAGCAGGAUGAUGAGAUCCGCUUGAAGAUUGUGGGGACACGUGUGGACAAGAAUGACAUUUUUGCUAUUGGCUCCCUGAUGGACGAUUACUUGGGGCUUGUGAGCUGAGCCCAGGGCCUCCUACCUUGUUUGGUCCUUAUCUAGAAGAUCUGACUGUCACACUUCCAUGUUGUCCAGAGGCCCCAUGUCGCUGGUGUGGGGGAGACAAGGAAGGUUCCUUGUCCCCAGAAGACAUCUGGCUUUUCUUGCAGCUUAGCAGCCACUGCCAGACUUUUGACUCUAUGUCCUAACCAUAAAAGGUCCUUGAUUUUCA